UCUUGUCUCCCUUCAGUUUUAUCCCACCACGACGAAAGGACCCAAAGGAAAUGUCGUUUUAUAACCAAGACUCCAAGGUCCUGGAAGUUUCCAUGUACGACCAAGUGUUCAACCAGACCGGGAGCUACGACAUGAGGCUCCACCGAGAUGACAGGAAACACCAUAAAGGGACAGGGCUGGACAUAAAUGAGGAGGAGAAGUUGCGGAUCGUCCCGGUGCGCUCCUCUGCAGAGUACGGCCGUCGCCCUGUUCCCGCCCUUUUCCAACCGGGCCGGCAGCACUCUCGUGUCGCUUGCAUAAAAGCCGAAUUUUUCAUGAAAAACGGGAUCACCUGGAAUGUGGCACAGGCAUACGGAUCAGUGGUCCCUAUUUGAAAGUAUCAUCAAAUAAUAAACCAGUGUUGCAGCCUGUAGAUUUCAGUUGAAUUGAUGUCAAUAAAUCUGAAUCGAGCAAACUUUAAUUAGGUUACACUUCAUUCUGAUACAUUCAUUAUGGUUAUGAGCAAUAAAAUGGUUAUUUAAAUUGACAUUUUCCGUCAAGA